CUCUCACUUGGAGAAGGGUGAUCCCAGCCCCGGCUCUGCAGCCGGGAUGAACCGCGGUGUUAUGGGAUCAAUGGGACAAAGGGGGACAGCGUUCCCAUCCCAUAUGUGUCCCCAUUUCCAUAAGAGCAAAGCAGAGCCUGGGAAGCACUGGGGGAAGGGGUGGGAGGGGGCACACACCUUGCACCCUACAACGAUCUGGGUGGCUCAGUGCAGUGAGUGUGCCCUGGGACCCCACGGUUCACCCAUAAGCCAUCCCGUGUCCCCAGUGCCCGGUGCUGGCUGUGCACGGAGAGCUGCUGCCGUGUGGGGAGGGGACGGGAAGCUGCUGCUGGGCGGUGUCUGCAACGGGAAACCCAACGGGAAGCCCUGCACGGGGUUGAGGGACCACGCACUGCAAUCCACCACUAUAAGACCCCGCAGGGGGCUGCAGCUGACUGGGGACAUUUCUCUCCCCAUAGCCCCCAUGGCUGCAGCUGAGCUGACCCCAGUGGAGAUGGCCAUCGAGACCGUCGUCACCGUGUUUGUCUCCCACACGAAGAAGGAGGGUCGGAUGGGGACAAUGACAGCCACCGCCUUCCAGGAGCUGCUACGGCUGCAGCUGCCCAAUGUGAUGAAGGAUGUCCCCUCUCUGGAGGAGCAGAUGCGGAUGCUGGAUGUGAGCACCGACCAGGAGCUGACGUUUGAAGAGUUCUGGCAGCUGAUGGGAGAGUUGGUCCGGGCCCUGUGGAGGGAGAGGGAGGGGAGGAAGAAGUGAUGGGGAUGGGGGGGAUGCUCAUGAAGCAAAAUAAAGAAGUUUUCAUGGGCCUGGACAUCGCUGCUAUUCUUUGUGGAGCCCCCCGAUGCAAGCAGCCCUG